AUUACAAACAAACAAUAAUAUUCCAAUGUAGAAACUGCUGCUGUUUGUUUAUCAUAUUCAUAUACAAAUACACAGUGCUUUUCCGAGUGAGAUCUAUGUAACCAUGCAAAUCCAUUUAGACCCUUUUAAGAGCCUGUUUACAUCAUUAACCGGAAAUCUCCCAAUAACAGUUCAGGCUAAUUGUGAUAUUUGUGCAAUUAGAGUGUGCAGCGCAGUGCUGGAGAGGUGUAAUCUGAUCAGGACUGAGCGCUGGCUCGGCCUGCUCUUAAACCAGCUCGUGAGAGAAAUCUGCUGAUGGUUGAGAGCGAGCCAGUGCGUGAUUGAAGUUGAGAGUUUUUUGUCUUUAAGGCAUUCUGUGAAAGCGCUGAGACGACCAGAAAACAGCCUCUCGCCUGACAGAUGGUGUUUGCGGCAGUUACUGGUGAUCUUGGUGCUCUGAGAGCGAGGCAGAGACGUCGUAAUGCCACGAUGAUGAUGCUGAUGUCGGAAGUGACUCGAGACGCGUUGGCCUCAGGUUGCUCUUUAAGUAAAGGUGUAAAGAGUCGUUUUAAACGGUGUGAUGAUGAACGAGAGUGGGCUGAAUGCUGCACUUGCAACUUUUCAAAAUGCGAGACUUGCAUCACCAAAAGAAAUGCGAUCGUUUGCAUUUACAAUCUGCGUGGCUUGGCAGCGGUUCCUCGUGGCAUGACGACCACUAACAAAGGAAACAAGGCCUUGAAGGUGAAGAGGGAGCCCGGCGAGAACGGGACGAGCCUGACGGACGAUGAGCUGGUGUCCAUGUCGGUCCGCGAGCUCAACCAGCACCUGCGCGGCCUGACCAAAGAAGAGAUCCUUCAGCUGAAGCAGCGCCGGCGGACGCUGAAGAACCGGGGCUAUGCUGCCAGCUGCCGCGUCAAGCGAGUCACGCAGAAGGAGGAGCUUGAGAGGCAGAAGGCGGAGCUUCAGCAGGAAGUGGAGAAGCUGGCUUCGGAGAACGCCAGCAUGAAAGUGGAGCUGGACGCACUGCGCUCCAAAUACGAGGCUCUGCAGAGCUUCGCCAGAACUGUGGCCCGAGGGCCCGUGGCCCCGGUUUGUAACCCCCGCGGGCCCUUGUCCUCCGUCAUCGGGCCCCUCAUUCCCGGGAAGGUGGGAGCCACCAGUGUUAUCACGAUAGUUAAAUCGAAAACCGACGCGAGGUCUUAGUAGCGCACAGAGAGCAAGGGUUGGUCAGUGCAUGAGGGUUUAGGUGCGGGACGCUCUGUUUCACAGCAGACUGAUGGAAAACCCCUUCGGUACUCUCUAAUGUGGGCUUUUUCUGGGUUACAAAAGAAGGAAAGCACAUCUAGGACGGGCAAUUCACUUGGGCUUCCAAAACCAUCUCCAAAUUGAGAACUCGAAUCUAAAACCAUGCAGCCAAAUUUUCCUGGUGGAUGUGUGUUGUAUUGCUGUGAGAUUUGUAAUUUUGUACCAAUAUUGGCGACUUUGUAUCGUGCGUUUCACAUGGGGUCCAAGUGUUUUCUUUGUCAUUGUAAUAUUGUACUUUUUAUACAGCGUUUGUGUUGAUUUUCUCUUCGUAUGUGCUGUUGCGCCAUUUUUCCGUCCUUUGGUUUUACAGACUGCAGGCACAAAACACUUUAAACCGUUCAGACUUCCAAACUCUUCCGCCGUCUGAAGGAAAAGCUUUCCGAGUAUCAGCCAAUGAGAAGCUCCCUUUACCUGAGCCUCAUUAUGCACUGACCAAUCGCUGACGGGCAGGAGGAGAGGAGGCGGAGUCAAAUCAGCUGAUGUUGUUCAUAUGGUAGCUAUCAGAAUAUCUGCCACCAGUUUAUGUGCUCCGGUUGUCCGUUUCAGGACAGGAUAUCGUUUUUAUUGGCAAGGCAAUAACAUGUUUAUGUUAUGCGACGUAUUGUGUUGUUUAUUUAAUGCUGUGUGACCUUCACGCUGAAGGUUAUCAUGUCUAUCGUUGUCUGUAAAUCCAGAGAGAUUUUUCUUUUUGUGUUCUGUGCCAGACUAAAAACAAGAAAGAUAAAAAAAACCCAAGUUUCUGUUUCUGAAGGCUGGACCGUUGAGUGACAUAAACUGGUGAAUCUCACAAGCUUUACCAUAACUUUGUUGCUGUGACAUUGCGUAACAUAUUCUAAGAAUCUUUGUCUAUAUGGUGGAGUCUUGAAUUUUAUAUAUAUAUAUAUAAAAAAAAGACAGAGUAUCUUGCGUUAUUUAUAAAACAUUUAAAAAAGAAAUAUAAAGUUGUUUGAUAGCUCUCUUUUUUGCAAUUGUACCAAAAGUGGCUUAACUAUUGAAGUCAAUAGCUUUUUCUAGUGGCUAGGCGCGUCAAACUGUGGACUAGCGCGUGUGGUGUGAUUUGUACUGGUGAGGUGGCGGUGUUGUUUACGACGUGGAUGUGAUGCUCUUAUCUUCUGAUUUCAGUCGAAUGCGUGUGAUGAGCGCCGCUUACCCAGAAUCCCCUCUGAGUGUUUGUGCGCUCCAUGUUUAAGUGGACGGGACACGACGCGAGCGCAGGGAUCUCCGGGACGCGGCCGCAUCGCCUGCGUUUGAGUCCUUUUAUGUGACGUGUGAUUUUUAUAUAUUUUUUGGCGUAAAACGUUUCUAUGGUAUAUUAUAUUUGUUGGUGUUUUUUCUUCUUUUUCUGUUUUUUUCUUUCUUUAAAUGCCAGGGAAGUGACUCCGUCUGCACUGGUUUAAACCAGCGAUGUGCUUCACGCUGGGACGCUGCUCAAAAUAAUACGUUUCACAACUUUUAAAACUAAAAAACGCUGUCCGAAAAUAUUUCAGGACGCUAUCUGCGCUAUUCUUUUUCUCUCUUUUUUUUGGCCAAAUUGUUUGUCCAUUAAUAAAAGAAGUGAAACUCAGAGCGGUUGUAAUGCUGCGCUCACAUCUCUGUAGAAUUACUGUAAUUAUUAGACUGAUACAGUUUGUAGAUUCUGUCCGUCCUUGCACUCUGAAAUUGUUUGUGUUGCAAUGCAUAAAGCUAAAAAAAUAUGUGGUGCCUCGCACAUCCAAAUCAAUCAAUCAGUCAGUUUUUCUAGUUAAAUUACAGAAACACAUGAACACGUUUUGCAUGGUCAGAAAUUUUAAUGAGCAACGUUUCAGUCAAUUGAUCUCCCUUAGGCUUACAAACCAUAUAAAAGUGUGAGAACAUCACUUAAAUUGAGUGCAAUCAGCUGUUAGUAAUAAAUCGCCUUGCCUCCGAUUAAAUUAAACACAUUUACAUUUUUUUUUUUAUUUAUUACUAACAGCUGAUUGUACUCAAUUUAAAUGAUGUGCUGCCUGAGAAAGGUUGAUUUGCCAAAAUGUUGCUCAUUAAAAUUUCUAUGAUUAUGCAAACUUGAGUAGUGUGCAGGAUUUAUGCUUUUUAAUUUAUAAUGCAUGUAAUGCUAAAACGAAUCUAUGUGUUGCUUUCUUGUUGUUCUAAAGGGGUGGAAAGUUUCCUGUAAAUUUUCAAAAACUUUCCAAAAACUCCCGGAAGGUUUCCAAAAAUUCUGGAAGUUUUUGCAACCGUGAAAAGCUCCAUCAGAGCAUUGAUUUUUAGCUCUGUGUGCUCUUAAAGAAAGCUGAAGCGUUUAUAAAAUGCAUCGUAUGCACACGACUAGAAUCUGAAUGACAUUUUGCCUGUUUUGACGUCACAAAAUCUUUUGUAAAGAUGUGAUGUUUGUCACUCAGAAGCUGAUAUUUGCAGUAAUAUUUGCGAUAUGGUGUGAGCGCAUCAUUAAUGCUCUGACAAAAUGAUUUAUUACAGCACAAGCUUCUUUAUCGUUCAGUCUAAUCUUGUGACAAUCCGCACUGAUCUGGCAUUUUAAGAACGGAUUCGUUGUAGGUAUAUUUGUGCGACAGGGUUUUAUUAUUUUUAUUCUCGAUGUAAAUCAACAGAAGUAUCUUCCUCUGACGGCUAAUCUGUGAAAUCGUUUCGUAACCAAGUCUUCGGCAUUGCUUUCGUAACCAAUGGUAGCGUUUCUCUCGGCUGUGAGGUUUUGUGGUGUUUCUAUAGGUGAUGAAGACUAUAGCUUCCUCGCAGACGAUGACGUGUCGGUGUGUCAGGUAGCACUACUGCCCAAUAAUGAGGCUCCUGAUCAUGUGAUGAACUUCUCUUCCACGAGGAGCGGCUCGUUCACGUUUGUUGUCGUCGUGGUGACUUGGUGUUAAAAGUGAACUAUAUGCAAAUCAGCUGGCGGUAGGGAGGGGUCACGACCUCUCGGUAGGAAUCUAGUUUUCUGUCCUUGAGUAAUCGCAGCGAUCGAUGAUGAGCGCUAGGUUUGCUCUGAACCCGAGCGUUUAGAAACAGUGGCACGUCCCACGAGGCUGACACACGGCAAAAAAUCAUUCUCUUAGAAUUACAAAUAUUAAAUUAAAUACUUAAAUACUUAAUUUAGAUGACCUGAUUUUUAUAUGUCAGAAAAUAAUGCUUAAAAUUUUAAGUGAGCUUAUAAUUAAGACAAGGAUGAUUAGUAGCCUUACUUAAUUCAAAGAAAAAACGAGUUCAUUUUUCAUUCACUAUUGGCAGAUAUUUUUUCUUGUUUUAAGCAUAAACUCUCUUAAGAUUUUAAGUCUCAUUUAAAAAAAAAAAAGUGUCAAAAUUAAGAGAGUUUGACCUUAUUCUUUCUUUCUUGUUUUAAGCAUAAACUCACUUAAUUUUGAAGCAGUUUUUAGAAAAUUGGGCUUCGAAUCUUAUGUGAGUUCAUGAGGUCAAACUCUUAAUUUUGACACCUUUUUAUAUAUAUAUAUAUAUAUAUAUAUAUAUAUAUAAAAUGAGACUUAAAAUCUUAAGUGAGUUUAUAACUAAAACGAACAAUUAGAAAAAUCAACUUCUUGUUUUAAGCAUAAAAUCACUUCAUUUUGAUAAAUUUUUUUAGAAAAUCAGAUACAGUUUUAGAAAACUGUAUCUGAUUUUCUAAAAAAAUGUAUCAAAAUGAAGUGAUUUUAUGCUUGCAACAAGAAGAAAUAAGCAUAAACUCACUUUAUCGUAUGUACUUUUCAGAAAAUAAGACUAAAGUGAACUUCAGUGAGUUUGUUUAAAACAAGGACACGUGUGUCAGUGGGGUUAGAAAAAUAAACUUAAUUCAAAAACAAAUUUUUUUUUGGUUUAUGCAUAAAAUCAUUUAAUUUUGAUGUGGUUUUCAGAAAACAGGACUCCAAAUCUUAAGUGAGUUCAUGCUUAAAACAAGAAAAUAUAAGUUCAAACUCUCUUAAUUUAUAUAUAUAUAUAUAUAUAUAUAAUUUAUUUAUUUUUUUAAAUAAAAUGAGACAAAAUCUUUAGUGAGUGUAGCCUAUGUUUAAAACAAGACAAAAAUCAUCCAUUGGGGUCUGAAAAAUUAUCUUGUUUUUUCUAUGAAUAAGGUUUUUUUUCUGACUCAGCUAAUUGCUACUUUUUUUGAAAAUAAGAUUUAACAUUUGUAUUGAUUUCAUAGUUAAGAACAAGAAACAAAUCUGCCAGUGGAGUCAGAAAAAUCUUGUUUUGAUUGAAUGUUUAUUUCUGUUUUAAUCAAACUCACUCCUUCUUUUAUCAUAAUUUUUAAAACUUAAUAUCUGAAUUCAUUUUAGUACACUCUAAAAAAUACAGGUGCUUAAAAGCUUCUUCACAGCGAUGCUAUAGAAGAACCGUUUCUGGUUCCACAAAGAAGCAUCUCUUUCUUACCUUUUUAUAAUCUGCAGAACCUUCAUUCGUCACAAAGAAGCUUUUGUGAAACUUCAAGGUUCUUCAGAUGUUAAAGGAUCUUUAUGGAAAAAGCCUGAGUUUCUUUGAAUCCUUGGCUUUGUCCUAGUUCUCCAGCAAACUCUCAGACUCCACACUAUCUUGACUUUUAUUCGUUCUUGUGUUUCUGCUCGUUCUCUCUGCCGGGCCUCGUGGGAUGUGCAUUAAGACGUCUGAUUUCAGGUUGAAGAAAGACGAGUCUGGGAUCUUCUUCAGAGCUGAUCUCUGGUGGUGUUUCAGUCAUUAGCUCUUCAUCUGCUGCUAAACGUGACUUUUCCUCGACUCUGAUCAAUAAAACCAGGAAAGAGCCCUGUUUUUGUUCUCUAAAGAUGAAAUAACAUGAUUUUAGACUCAAUUCAGCUUCUUAAUAUUCUCAAAUCAAGCUUUUUUUCUCCCCUUUUGCGACUCAAAAGCUCUCGGUCAGAAGUGUCAAGCUAUAAAUUGCUGUGGAUUAUUUUGUCUAAAAAAAGAAAAUGAUUUGUUCUGUUGUUUUUCUGUAUGGGGUGUAUUAAAUUAAGAUAUAGUUCUUCGUAUGGGAAAUAUAGAUACCGUGAAAGUCCAUUUAAUUGUAAGUAUUUAUCAACUAAGUUAUUGUACUUUGUAGAUAAGUAAUAUAAUGUAUUGGUAUAUAACGAUGAACUUAACUGUAUCAGUCAGUCUGGGGCGUCUUUAAUUUAUUGAUGUAUAUACUGUAUGUUUGUUGAUAUACAGCUUACUUUAUUUUGUAUAUGACUAAUAAAUACAUUUUGAAAAACA